UGUCAGCCUUUGUGUCAUAGACUGCAAAUCUCCCUGCUCACUGCUGCUCCACUAAGGCAGCAAAUCAGCUUCAUGCUCUUCUGGCUGAAGGCUUUUGGAAUGGAUAAGAGCAAGGGGAGGGAAAAAAAACCUGCUUCCUUGACAGGGGCAGUCCUAAAGGCUGGCUGCGGAGUGUGCAGCCACUUGCACAACAUUAUUGCACUCUUCCACGGUGGCAAGGUGAGAACGUUGCAGAAGAAAAAUUAGGGGAAUCUGUGCUUCUGCACUUCAGCUGUGUCUACUGGUUUGGGGAUUUGGCUGCUGCCAGGUUUGAAGAUGAAUACCUGAAGUACUGUGAGGCAGAUUUAAGCACAAGCACCAGCAGCUCAUGCCAAAGCUCCGCUCCCAGACCUAUGAACUGAUGCCAAGCCUCCUGUUUUCAAUUACGCAAACCUUCCACCUCCUGCUCCAGAGGCUGCAAGCACAGAUAUGAAGUGACUACAUGAACCAUACAAGAUCAGUACACGAAGAAAGAUAAAUUCCAUGCGCAGAACACGAGGUGUAAGUAUUUUCUCUUUGCAGAUCCAGGACUGGGGGCAUACUGUUUUUCUGCAGUACUGAAACUGUUUUCAGCAGGCUUGUAAGCUUUAGUAAGUGAAUUUAUUUUCUGGUGUAACCAAUGGCGAAAUGUUCUUGGGCACCAAUGGCAGGAAACACAGCUCUUCUGCAAAUUAAAAUCAGUAUUGUUCUAAUUACGUUCGGUGUUUGUAGGGUGAUGGUAAUAUCUCAUUCUCAUCUGUUCCCAGCACUGAUUUACAGAAAAGGGCAACAGUUGUUGGGUUGGGUAUCGGCUUGUUCAGCCUUUCUGAUAAAGAAAGUAAAUUGCUAGCAGAAUAUUUAAAAGGGUUUGCCAGGAGUGCGCUCGGCUUUGCUCUUUAGAAGCCCUGAGGCUCUGCUGUGGGAGACCCUAGGAUGUCUUCAGCAAGGUUUGCUACAUGAUAAGCCUCAGACCCCCAAAGGACUAGUGCAGACUGCAAGUCAGUCCCAUGCCUUUUUUGAUUUUUUGCUUGCAGCUUCCUGGUAGUAGUAACUGAAAAACAGAUUAGGGCUGCAAAGGUUGUGUUUCUAACUUUCUUUCCUUGCUGAGGAUUGAGACAUCCCAUUGUAGCUUUAUUCCUGAGGGAAGAUGUAAUGGUGUAAUAGUAAGGAGGCAGGGGCUGUAGUACACAUCUAUAUGGAGGACUUUAAGAAUGGCCAUUUAGGGCUGCUGAGACAUUAUGUGGCUGUAGCUGAGACAAAUGAUUUCCCAUGUAUUCAAGCUCAGGCAGCUGGUGAGAAGGAUGAACAUCACGGAUAUAUCUUACAGAUAAAAUUCGAAUCUGAAAUUCCUGAUAAAAUUGCACAGGAUUCUAAUUGUUACCAGUUGCUGUCCAAAAACAAAUUCAAAACUAUCUCCUCUCCUUCCUGUUAGCUACAGCAAAAUGUUCAACCAUAGUAAAAAGAAACCAACAGCUAAGCCGAUGUGGCAAGUGUGGGUGAUGUACAUGCUCUUGGCUGCACUCCUCUCAGAAGAACAAGCCCUGAAACAGGCCUGUCCUUCAUGCAAUGCCUCUCAGUCUUGCAACUGCUCUUCCAUGGGUUUGGACUUCAUUCCCUCGGGGCUCACGAUCAAAAUCACAGUGUUAAACCUGGCCCACAACAGGAUAAAGCAGAUCCGGGCACACGAUCUGCAGCAGGCUGUGAACCUGAGAGCCCUGCUGCUGCAGUCCAACCAGAUCAGCUCCAUAGACGAGGACUCCUUUGGCUCCCAGGAGAAACUGGAGCUCUUGGACUUGUCAAAUAACAGCCUGGCUUGCUUGUCCCCGGUGUGGUUUGGGCCCCUUUUUUCACUCCAGCACCUCCGCAUUCAAGGCAAUUCCUACAGCGACCUGGGGGAAAGUUCCCCUUUUUCCAGCCUGAGAAAUCUAAGCUCUCUCCACCUGGGCAACCCACAGUUCUCCACCAUCAGGCAGGGAAACUUUGAAGGCAUUACAUUUCUCAACACACUGAAGAUUGACGGCGGCAAUCUCAGUCAGUACGAGCCUGGGAGUCUGAAAUCGAUUAGGAAGAUAAAUCACAUGAUCAUAAGCAUAAGAAGGAUUGACGUGUUCUCAGCAGUCAUCAGGGACCUUCUGCACUCUGCCAUUUGGUUAGAAGUUAGAGAGAUCAAAUUAGAUAUUGAAAAUAAAAAACUGGUUCAGAACUCUACUCUUCCUUUGACAAUACAAAAACUUACGUUUACUGGUGCUUCAUUCACAGAUAAAUAUAUUAGCCGAAUAACAGUGUUAUUGAAGGAAAUCACAUCUUUGAGAGAGUUAGAGGCAGUAGAUUGUGUGCUUGAGGGGAAAGGAGCAUGGGAUAUGACAGAAAUUGCAAAAAGUGGGCAAAGUUCUGUUGAAACAGUAUCAGUAAGAAAUAUGACGAUUCUGGAUUUCUAUUUAUUCUUUGACCUGGAAGGUAUAGAGACACAAGUAGGGGAGCUGAAAAGACUCAGCAUUGUGAGCUCUAAAGUCUUCAUGGUACCGUGCAGACUUGCAAGACAUUUUUCAUCACUUUUAUAUCUUGAUUUCCAUGAUAAUUUGCUUGUAAAUAAUCGCUUAGGUGAGACAAUCUGUGAAGAUGCAUGGCCUUCGUUACAGACUCUAAAUCUAAGUAAAAACUCUCUGAAAUCCCUAAAACAGACUGCAAGAUAUAUAAGUAAUGUACGCAAACUGAUUAAUCUUGACAUUAGCGAAAACAAUUUUGGUGAGAUUCCAGACGUGUGUGAAUGGCCUGAAAACCUGAAAUAUUUGAAUCUCUCCAGCACUCAAAUUCCCAAAUUAACGACUUGCAUUCCCUCAACUCUUGAAGUGCUGGAUGUUAGUGCUAACAACCUGCAGGAUUUUGGACUGCAGCUGCCGUUUCUCAAGGAGCUGUACCUGACAAAAAACCAUCUGAAGACCUUGCCCGAAGCCGCAGCUGUUCCUAACUUAGUGGCCAUGUCAAUCAGCAGAAACAAGCUCAACAGUUUCUCCAAGGAAGAGUUUGAGUCCUUCAAGCAAAUGGAGCUACUGGAUGCCAGCGCCAACAACUUUAUCUGCUCCUGUGAAUUCCUCUCCUUCAUUCACCAUGAGGCAGGGAUAGCCCGGGUGCUUGUGAGGUGGCCAGAAAGCUACAUCUGCGACUCUCCUCUGGCGUUGCGAGGGGCGCAGGUUGGGAGCGUGCAGCUCUCCCUGAUGGAGUGCCACCGGACCCUCCUGGUGUCCUUGAUCUGCGCCCUGGUGUUCCUGUUCAUCCUCAUCCUGGUGGUCAUCGGCUACAAGUACCAUGCGGUCUGGUACAUGAGAAUGACCUGGGCAUGGCUCCAAGCCAAGCGGAAGCCCAAGCGAGCCCCCGCCAAAGACAUCUGCUACGAUGCUUUCGUCUCCUACAGUGAGAAUGACUCCAACUGGGUGGAAAACAUCAUGGUGCAGCAGCUGGAGCAGGCGUGUCCCCCCUUUAGGCUGUGCCUCCAUAAGCGGGACUUUGUGCCCGGCAAGUGGAUCGUGGACAACAUAAUUGACUCCAUUGAGAAGAGCCACAAGACGCUUUUUGUGCUGUCAGAGCACUUUGUGCAGAGCGAGUGGUGCAAGUAUGAGCUGGACUUCUCACACUUCCGCCUCUUUGAUGAGAACAAUGAUGCGGCGAUCCUCAUCCUGCUGGAGCCCAUUCAGAGCCAGGCGAUCCCCAAGAGGUUCUGCAAACUGCGGAAGAUAAUGAACACCAAGACCUACCUGGAGUGGCCUCUUGAUGAAGAGCAACAGCAGAUGUUUUGGGAAAACUUGAAAGCAGCCUUGAAGUCGUAGGACAAGUUAGGAGUUCCUAUUUCAGUAUAUUUCCAGAAAGUAUGUUUUUUUAUAUGUAUAUAAAAGACUUUAAAUAUAUACAUAUAUAUAUAUAUGUUGCAUAUAUAUAUGGUCUGUAUAUUUUUAUUGUGAGUUCCACAUGUUUAGUGGUUCUUAUGAGAACCUGAAGUUGUCUCUGUAGGGAUAAAGUUAAAAGUGACUUUGUCUGACUAAGUUUGUGUUCCUGGAGCAUAAGUGUGGAGGAAUGUAAAUGAAUGUUUCAGUGUAUUUCCACAAAGGUCAAUGUUUCUUCCUACUAAGGAAUUUAACUUUUUAAUCUUUUCUGCCUAAUGAGAACUGGCUUUCUUGUGGAUAGAUGUAACUGUCAUAUUACUAAAUGAAAAAGAGCAACUUCAGACUUUUCAGUGAUUUGAUGCUCUUGUCUUCCAAAAUCCUUGCCGGUAGCAGUGAUAUUUGAAAGUCAUGCUGGACAUUCCUAAAAAAAUUAGCUGAACUUCUCAGUGUUUUUCUAUACUCUUUCAUCAUAUUGCUGAUUAAUUCCUAACAAUACCAUUGUAAUGGACAAUUGAUAAUAAAAGCCAAAUACUUAAAUACC